GAAUUUUGGUCAACAGGAUGGUCGUGUCUUUGGAAAUUCUUUUUUAGUAUUGUAAUGUUUUUAAUAUUUACUAAAAAAUUUUCCAGGGUAGAAUAUUAUAUAGAUUUUUUAUUUGUCUACUGGUUUUCAUGGUUUGCAUAUGCAAGAGUGUUGUUAACGUUGGCGCAUGAUUAUACAUCAACAUUGAUAUUUUAUUUAAUUGGAGAGUUUUAUCAUUCAACUUUUAGACUCAAGUACUAA